UAUUGAUGACCACUCCCCGUUUCUAUUAUCCCCUCCAGUCCUACACUACUCCUCGUUUCAAUGAUCCCUUCUAACUUCCGCGGCUUCACACCUCCCUGUCUCAGUAAUUCCCUCCCCUUUCCCUCUGACCCCUCCCCUUGAACUGCGUUGCUGGGUUUCGCCGAUCCACAUUCUGAUAACCUGCCUCGCCCUGUGGUGAACAGGCUGUAUUCCCGGAGCCGCCGUUUAUAGAGAGAAUGAGUUCAGCAGCCUCUGAGAUCACCUGUGAAGAUCUGGAGAAGAUGAUGGUGGAAGGCAAGGUGCCGAUUAUCGACGUCCGCAGGCCCGAUGAGCUGGAAAACGGGAAGAUUGUUGGAUCCAUCAACAUUGAAGUGGACAAGGUGAAAGAGGCUUUCUCCUUGGAUCCAGAGACAUUCCAGAGAGAGUUUGGGGCCGAGAAGCCGAACCCAGAGUCGACAGUUGUGUUUCACUGUCAGUUGGGGCGCAGAGGAGCCAAUGCAACAUUGAUUGCUCAGGAACUGGGGUACACCAGGGCACUGAAUUUGAAAGGAGGCUUUCAGCAGUGGAAAGGUGAAGACUAAACGGUCCCUGUACAAGGUGGAUGAGGAACACUGGAUGGCAUUUUCUGAUGUUACACUGACCUGGACCAAGAAACCAAUCUCACCCUAAUCCUGAAUCCACCUGUCCCCACCAAUCCUCACCCCAACUCUGACAUGGAAACGUCCUUGAACUCUGAAGCCCAUACCUCAAUUGACUCAUGACCCUGACCCAACCACUCCCCCCUGACCUCAUCUCCAAGAACUGGGAUCCUGAAUUCCAGUCCUUCCCCAUUCUAAUCCUAAAACAUACCUAAAUCCUUAUCCCUCAGCUGAAUGCUGACCAAUGCCUCACCCUCAUCCCCUCUCACCCCUAAGUGAUAAACUCAGAAGGUUCUCCGCCCCCUACUUUUCACAAUGGCCCUAGUCUUAGCCUAAUCAAUUGCAAUGGCCUUCACUCUUGUCCAAAAUCAACUUGAAGAUCAAAGAUGACACCCGCCCAUUCAGGAAAAUCAACUGGCACCAACAUUUCACCAAACCCCCCAAGCUUCACCCCGAUCCUUAAACAUAGAAUAACCCCUGAACUUUAGUUCCCAAUACAGAACAGUCCACCACCCCCUCCAACUUUAACUUCUGAACAACUCCUGUUGCCCUCAGAACCAGCAUUUAAUCAUGAUUAGCUACAGUCAGUCAAUAGGUGAUGCAGACCCCUAUAAUAUCCUCAGGGGAGGACAGAGUGUGGGGUGGUCCAGAACCAAGAAUCAGUGUUUCACCAUAAGGGGUCAUCAGUGUGGGGCAAACAAGGAGAAACAUUUUCUCUCUUAGUUGGACAGUUGCUGGAAACCUCUCCCUCCCAGGGCAGUAUGAGCAGAGGCUCUGGGUGUUCCUACGGCAGAGGGAGAUGGAUCGGUGAUGGGGGUGGGGUUUGGUCAUGUACAUGGCAAUGGGCUUCAUAUAAGGACAUGAAUAAAAAACAGUUGUUUGAAAAGAGAA